UCAUGAUCUCAGGCUGGCCGCUGCAGAAGUUUGGAUUGAUGAAAGUUCAGAGCGCGGAAGUGAAGAGAAACUUUCGCAUGAAUCUCUGCAAGAGAGCGACACUUUCCGCGUUUGAGUGUGGAUAAGGAUGCUAAUGAUGAGACGGAUCCGCCAGUCUGUCUGAGGAAACACGGAGUUGCACUGUUCUGUGAGGCUUUAUUUCAGGUCUGAUUAUGGGGUUGCCGACUCUAGAGUUCAGUGACUCUUUUGUGGACAGUCCGGACUUUAGAGAGAGACUCAAAUGUCACGAGAUCGAGCUGGACCGAACAAACACGUUCAUCAAAGAGCUGAUUAAAGAUGGACACCAGCUGAUCUGCGCGCUCAAGAACCUCUCGGCAGCCGUGCAGAAGUUCUCCCAGUCUUUACAGGAGUUCCAAUUUGAGUGCAUUGGUGAUGCAGAAACGGAUGAUGAAGUAAACAUUGCUCAGUCCUUCAAAGAGUUUUCCCAGCUGCUGAGCACCAUGGAAGAGGAGAGAAGGCGGCUGUCCUUCAAAGAGUUUUCCCAGCUGCUGAGCACCAUGGAAGAGGAGAGAAGGCGGCUGGAGGGGAAGAAGAAAUUUGACAAGGAGACGGAAAAGUACUAUUCCUCACUGGAAAAACAUCUCAACCUGUCGUCCAGAAAAAAAGAUUCAGCUCUGCAAGAGGCAUAUGAUGGAAACUUGUUAUUUACAUCUUGUUGCAUUUAUAUUGUGUUCGGGUUGCAGCUCUUGGCCUUCCUACAGGGUCUGUUCACAUUCUACCAUGAGGGUUACGAGCUGGCCCACGAAUUUGAGCCCUACAAACAACAGCUACAGUUUAACCUACAGAAUACAAGAAACAACUUUCUGAGCACCAAGCAAGAAGUAGAAAAGCUGAUGAACAGAGUCCGAUCUUCAGAUCAAGACCAGAAGCCCCCGGGCCAGUGGACAAUGGAAGGCUACCUCUAUGUCCAGGAGAAACGGCCUUUGGGAUGCACAUGGACACGCCAUUAUUGUACAUACGAAAAAGGCUGCAACAUAUUCAGCAUGUGCAACACAGAGGCAAAACCCACAGCUAGACAGAACGGUGUCAUGUCAAAUCCCACAGAGAAGUUCAGACUGAAGUCCUGUAUCAGGAGGAAGACUGACUCGAUUGAUAAGCGCUUCUGUUUUGACAUUGAGGUGGUUGAAAGGCAUGGCAUUAUCACGCUACAAGCGCUGUCUGAGUCCAACAGGAGACUCUGGCUGGAAGCUAUGGAUGGCAAAGAGCCGGUGAGUCCUGAAGCUAAUUUAUUGGGUAAUUAUGCAUGUGUGUUGUGUUUAUAUAUUUGUGUAUGUUCUGUAUGUACUGUAUAUAUUCUCCUCUCAGCAGGGCUCAACACUAUGGGUUUGUACAGAGUCGGUGGAAUAAACUCAAAAGUGCAGAAGCUCAUGACCACAGUCUUCUCACACAAAGCAGCAUCAGACAUGGAUCUGGACCCAGAUACCUGGGACAACAAAACCAUCACCAGCGGCCUCAAGAAUUACCUCAGGUGUCUUUCUGAGCCUCUCAUGACAUACAAGCUCCACUCAGACUUCCUCUUGGCUGUCAAAUCUGAUGAUCAGAACUACAGAGUGUGUGCAGUUCACGCGCUGGUGUAUAAACUGCCUGACAAAAACAAAGAGAUGCUGGAGAUAUUAAUCAAACAUCUACUCAAUGUGUCCACACACAGUGACAGUAACAUGAUGACCGUGUCCAAUCUGGGAGUGAUCUUUGGCCCUACGCUCAUGCGCUCCCAGGAAGAAACUGUUGCUGCCAUGAUGAACAUCAAAUUCCAAAAUAUCGUGGUAGAAAUUCUCAUUGAACAUUUUGAAAAGACAUUUCAUCAAGCGCCGGACCCUAAUGUUCCCCUGCCACAGCCUCAUUCUUGUCCAGGGUCUCGCAGGAGCAGAGCCAUCUGUCUCUCAUCUGGACCACGCAAACCCAAGAGCCUCUACACACCCUCAAUGUGCCUGGCAGACGCGGACAGUGACACGUUCAGCAGUAGUUCAGGCAGCACUCCAAUCGGCAGCAUGGACUCCCUCUCCUCCCACUCCUCAGAGCAGAACAGCUCCUCCAAAACCUGCUCCUCUCCACAGCCCAAAGACAAGCCCCCCUUCCCCGGCCUGCGACAUACCCCUUCCUCCCUGUCCUCCAGCGAGCCGCAGGGCCUCACCUGCACCAGCAGUCCAGACUCCAGCUCCAGAGAGGACACGGGCCGUGUGGAUUGGGAGGACUCCUGUAGGGUGAACUCAGCCUCAGCAGCUGCCAGGUCUUCACCAGCACCCACAAAGGCUCCUCACUCUGAAGUAGGAAUCAAAUCAGCACAGCUUAACCGCUCGAACGCCCCAUCUCUAAGAUCUUUACACAUCACAGAAGGUCGUAAGAGCUGUAUGGUGUCUGUGCACAAUCUAGCAUGUGUGGAGCAUAAAGACGGUACCAGAUCCACCGCCUACCACGAUCUGCCACCUAAAACGGUCCUGCGCCGAAAGCUGGACAACAGCAGCUCUACCAACGGCUAUCAGAGACCAGGAUCAGUGGUGGCUGCCAGAGCGCUGCUUUUUGAGAACCCAUCAGCUGUAAAACCUCCUCCCUUGGGAAGAGAUGCCAAAGCCAUAUAUUCAUGUGAAGCUGAACACAGCAAUGAGCUGAGCUUCCCACAGGGGGCUCACUUCUCCAACGUGUAUCCUUCAGUGGAACCAGGUUGGCUCCAGGCAACAUUUGAGGGCAAAAAAGGCCUCGUUCCUGAAAAUUACGUGGUGUUCCUCUGACAGCGUCCAACCAGGAGGGGCCAAGCAUUUCAUGGUAUCCAUGGUAACAUCAAUUUUAGACCAAGGGCAUUAACAAUAUAUCAAUGGAAUGUAAAUGGAAUUCAUGUAAGUGAAAUUAAGAGAUCAUGGAUGGUACACAAACCUCAAUGAUGCAGUACAAGGGUGAUUAAUGUCUGAAUCACAGCUGUAAUUCUAGACAACUGGGUUUCAAAGCUUUUGCUGAGGCUGAAAUAUUAAAAUGAACAUCAUGUGCUGCUUGAGUCUAGAUACACAAAUUCACAUACACUGAGAUCAGGAGGUGCGAUGGACUGCACUAAAUGGUCCUUUUAGGUCUACUGUACUAUGUGGUGGAAUACUGUAAUUCUGUUAAGAAAGGUCAGAUAAUAGGUCUAAAAGACAGACUUUCUUUUAUUUUAGCUCAAUGCUAACUGCCUUGAAAUGAUGGAGAAGAAUGUUAAACCUCAGCCGUAACUAUUUGAGCUGUGAAUCACUGUCAUGUUUAACUCAGUUCAGCAGAAACUCUGAUUUGUGUGUGGUUUAUUUCAUCGUGAAUGUACUUGCUUUUACUGUCAUUAGUGUUCAGAAGUCUGAGACCACAUUGUUAGGAUUUUUGAACAUUUUAAACAGAGAAACAAAAUGAACACAAAUUUCUGCAAAAGUUCUAGAUGACUAAUAAUUAAGUUUAGGUUUUCAGGUAAAUUGUGAUAUUAACCCUCUGGUCAAAUUUCCAGCUUAACACUGAAGCACAAGAUUCUCUUUGGAACAUUUUUAAAUCAUGCUGAAGAACAAGAUCAUUGGCUUUGCUUACGCAGCUUGAGUGCUGCUGACAUCAAAGUGACGAAAAAUUAUAUUUACACAUUUUCAGUUCUAAUAUUCAUAUUCAUCACAUUAUGCUGUUAAUAAAAUGCUUUGAAAGUAAAAAUGAAUAAAAAUGCCCAGCCGGCACCUUGAUAUCAAUUUGAUGUCAAAUAUUAGUCAAGACUUGAUCAAAAUGCUGUAACAUCAUUUUAAAUUCAGUUUGUUUGACGACAAUUUAUUCCAGUGAUAUUUGAAAUUGGUUUAAUGUACAGUAUAUGUAGACCAAUAUGUUUGACGUUCAAUUUACAUAAAAUCAACGUCAUGUCAAGUUUUUGACAUCAGUUUGAUUUGCAAAUUUGACCUGUUUUUUUAUGUCAAUUUUUAUGUCUUUUCAACAUUAAUUGCCCACUGGGUGUAUGUUAUUGACAUAGAGAAUUCUAUGUUUGGUGGACAGUGAAAUCUUCCAGUUUUGUGCUGAAAUAUAAGCACCCUUGGAAGACUGCUUUAUUCAAUCAAAUUAGUGGAAUGCAACUAAGUGUUCCAGUGUUAUCUAAUAUUUUCUUAUACACAAUAUUCCUAACUCUGAAAAUUUUGGAAACCACUGGUAUAAAGCAUGAGAUAGCAGUGGAUCAUGUCUCAGUGUUGUAUCCAGGUUACUGCAGAACGUCAAACAAAAAUCAGUUUUAGCAAAUACUAAUGAAUCAAGUCUAGCUGUAACCGCUUCAUUGUACAUGAGGUUCAGGUCACAUUAUUAAUUCUGAAGUUUAAAAUGACACCAACUGUCAGUGUCAACAACACCAAUGUGGUACGUUCCAGUCGUCUUAUUGUCUCCAUAAUGAAAUAUUCCAAACUUGUGUUAUGAAGAUAACUGAUGAAAAUCUAGACGAUAGAAGUGUAUGUAUGGAUGAUUAUUUUGUAAAUCAUAUAGUUUUCUUCUUAAUUCAUUUCUGUUCUGCCAAUAAAUUUGUUUAUAGAA